AUGCAUCGGCCACGAUCUUGCGCCUCCGGCCUCCCUCAGCAAGAUUUGUUAUCUUUAAUGUCGAACAUACUAUAUGAGAACUCUCACAACUUGCGAAAAGAAGUAUCAGCUUGUGAUGAUGAAACUGAAUCCCCUAUCAUCAACGAAGAAGAAGAAGACUUAGACGAAGACGAAGAGUUCGCGAAGACGAGUAUUAUGAUUCUUUUGGUCGAUGCAGAUUCUAAUUCUCUACUCCUUACGAAGACUCUCAUGGCACAUUACUCCUAUCAAGUAACGAUAUAUGAGACCGGAGAAGAAGCCAUGGCUUUCUUGAUGAAGAGUAAGCAUGAGAUCGAUCUCGUAAUUUGGAAUUUCGAUAUGCCUGAUAUCAGUGGACUGGACGCUCUCAAUACCAUUGGUAUAGAGAUGUAUUUACCCGUAGUAGUCAUGUCUCAUGAACAGAAUAAGGAAAUGGUGAUGAAAUCGAUCAAGAACGGCGCGUGUGACUUUCUUGUGAAGCCGAUGAGCAAAGAGGUCGUUGCAGUUCUAUGGCAACAUGUUUUUCGCAAGAGGAUGAUGUCAAAAUAUGGUUUAGAUCAACCGGGUGAAUUAGAUACGGUUGAGUCAGAUUCCGACGAAUUCGACAAUUUAAAGCAAGACGAUCUCUAUCAUAACAACGGAGAAGGCUCAAGAAACACUUCCGAUCAAAAAGAAGUCAAGUCUACGUCCAAGAAACCGCGGAUGUCGUGGACUGCUGAACUUCACCAGAAGUUUGAAGCAGCUGUCGAAAAAAUCAGCAGAGUUGGGACGCCUUAUCCGAAAGAUAUUCUCAAAUGCAUGCAAGAAGAAAUGAAUGUCCAGGGGCUCACUAGAAACAACGUAGCCAGUCAGCUUCAGAAGUAUCGUGAAAGUUACAACAAAAAGACAUGCAGUCCUCAAGAGACAUGCCAAGAAGAUUUUAACUGGCGUAACGCUGGGCAAGAUCCCCCUCUCACAGCUUCUAAUCCGCUCCUAAGCUCAAACGUCAAUCUCCAAACUACACCACCGUUUUGUAUGACCGAUCAAGCUGCGCCUAGAUCGUCACAUUUCAUGAACGAUCAAGCCACGGUGAACGCCCCAUAUUCAUCAAGCGGUUACCCGCCGAUGAACAACUUUAUCAUGGCAAACCAUGUGACUUACAUUCCGCAACCACCACAAUUCCAUCAUUCUCUAAAUUUACCCUCCAUGCUACCUAAGCAAGAACUUGGACACGUAUCGUCAGCCAUAGAUAAUUCAGAGCUCAUCUAUAACCCAAAUUUACCUUUCGGUUACGGCGAGUAUUUCCCACAUGCAGGAUUCAACAACAACAACACCAACUCUUGA